AUGUCGGUGGAGUUCCAAUCAUGCGCGAAGAAGAAGGCUGGCACCGAUGUUGAUCGAGGUGCAGUAUUCUCUGCUGUUGCAUUGGAGUGUCGCCCUAAGACCCACCGGUCCUCCUCCCCCCUGGGGAGCUCGCUGGCCAGCACCGCACAGGACCCACCGGGCCUCCUCCCCCCUGGUGAGCUCGCUGGCCAGCACCGCACAGGACCCACCGGUCCUCCUCCCCCCUGGGGAGCUCGCUGGCCAGCACCGCACAGGACCCACCGGUCCUCCUCCCCCCUGGGGAGCUCGUUGGCCAGCACCGCACAGGACCCACCGGGCCUCCUCCCCCCUGGUGAGCUCGCUGGCCAGCACCGCACAGGACCCACCGGUCCUCCUCCCCCCUGGGGAGCUCGCUGGCCAGCACCGCACAGGACCCACCGGGCCUCCUCCCCCCUGGUGAGCUCGCUGGCCAGCACCGCACAGGACCCACCGGUCCUCCUCCCCCCUGGGGAGCUCGCUGGCCAGCACCGCACAGGACCCACCGGUCCCCCUGGGGAGCUCGCUGGCCAGCACCGCACAGGACCCACCGGUCCUUCUCCCCCCUGGGGAGCUCGCUGGCCAGCACCGCACAGGACCCACAGGUCCGUUUCCGGCUGGCGCGAGGCCCCCGGUCCCAAUCUCCCACGGGAGCGCAUGGGUUGUGCCAAAUGUUUUGCCGCAGUCUUUCUUCGCCGGUAG